AUGGAAGAAGGUAGCAGCUCACGCAGUAAGAAAAGACAUGCAGAGGAUGAGGCAGAUAGCAGCUCAGGCGGUAAGAAAAGACCUGCAGAGGAGGAGGCAGAGGAGGUUCCAUUUGAUCCACGGCGGAGGUAUGUGACGCUGCAAGAAAUAGUUCAACAUUCGCCGUCAAAGAAAGAUGGAAUUGAGUGGUGGAAGGAGGCGCAUUGCCGGAUGACAUCUAACUUCUUCAUUAGGCAAUUAGGCAUAGCACUUAAACGGUCUCCAAAAAUUAUAGCGACGGCCUCAUACUACUUUCACAAGUUUUUUCUGCUACAAUCGUUUGCACAGAACGAUCCAAAGACUAUUGGAACUGCUUGUGUGUUCCUUGCUAGUAAGAUUGAAGAGCAUCGUUGUAGCCUACGGAGGGUUGUUGUUUAUUCCUAUUGGAUCAUUCACCAGUGCGCUCCUGCAGCUAUGAGGCUCAUAAAUGAGAAUAAGGAAAUGUUUAACUUACGGAAAGAGUUAAUCAUUCUUGCAGAGAGGGUUGUACUUACUACUUUAAAUUUUAAUUUGGAAAUUCAACAUCCCCAUGACUUCCUCAGAGACUACGUGAGGAACUUAGCUAUCGAGUCUGUCGAAAGUAAGAAGAAACUUGGUCAAGUUGCCUGGGACUUUGCCAAUGAUGGGAUGUUGGCAACGCUUUGCUUGCAAUUCUCGCCGCAACAAAUUGCAGGAGGUUACAUUUUCCUUGCUCUCAAGUUCCUAAAGCUGAAGCUUCAGAAUAGUAGUGUGAGCUUUUGGCGGAAUACGUUUGAUGUCACCACACAACAAUUGGAAGCGAUUAGCAUUCAGUUAUUAAGAAUCUAUGAGAUCUUUAGAGCGCCGAUACAACUGAGAGGAAAUGCAGGUGAUGGAGGGGGAGCAAGAGCUGAUGCAGAGGCUCCUGCUCCGAAUGAGGCGCAAGCACGUGAGCCGAAUACAUCAUCUAAAGGAAAAGAAGUUGUAGGAAGUGCAAGUGGUGCUGGAGAUGGAGAUGGAACAAGUUCUGCUGGAGAUGGAGAUGGAGCAAGUCCUGCUGCAGAGACUCUGGUCCUGCUACUACAGCGGACGCAAGCAGACAAGCCUAAUUCAUCGUCGUCUAAAGGAAAAGAAAAAGGGGAAGGAAGUUCAACACCAGCUGCUGGAAAUGGUCUGGACCAGCUAGGUGUAACCCCUAAGCACUCAUAA